AUGGCAUGGAGGACACCACCAUUAGGAUUUAGGUCAAAUAGGAAGAGGGUGAUAGAAAGGGAGGGAAUGGGAAUGGGUUUUGAGGAGAGGGGUUUGGGGGAGAGGGAAUUCAACAUUGUUUUGGCAGAUGGAGAAGGGGAACUAGCUUUGAGGGGAAAAACAUCAAGCCAAUCAAAUUUUAGCGGGGGUGCAUUUUACACUACAAACCCUGGAAGUGUUGCCCCUGCCACAAAUUCAAGGCUAUCACCUCUUAAUCCUGAACCUGUUGAUUAUAACUAUGGCUUUGGUGCAACUGUUGAUAUACCUCUUGAUCCAUCAACGGACUUGAAAAAGAAGGAAAAGGAACUCCAAGCCAAGGAGGCUGAAUUGAGAAGAAGGGAACAGGAAGUCAGACGGAAAGAAGAAGCUGCUGAACGAGCUGGAAUUGUUCUUGAGGAGAAGAAUUGGCCACCAUUUUUCCCAAUUAUCCAUCAUGAUAUUGCUAAUGAAAUUCCAAUUCAUCUUCAAAGACUGCAAUACGUUGCAUUUACUUCAUUAUUAGGAUUGGUAUUGUGCCUCACAUGGAAUAUUAUAGCUGUCACUUCAGCUUGGAUUAAGGGAGAAGGUGUGAAAAUAUGGUUUCUUUCUGUUAUCUACUUCAUAGCAGGAAUUCCUGGAGCAUAUGUCCUGUGGUAUCGCCCAUUAUAUCGUGCCUUUAGGACAGAUAGUGCUUUGAAUUUUGGAUGGUUUUUCUUGUUUUACCUGCUUCAUCUAGGAUUCUGUAUCUUAGUAGCAGUUGCUCCUCCCAUAGUUUUCAAAGGAAAAUCCCUGACGUAUGUUAACGUACACUUCAUUAACAUGAAAAUAUUGCAUAUUCCUCAUUGUUUUAUAUAUGGCUUUACCUGUGUAAUAUGAAAUUUGAGAGUUUUUAAUGGCCUUUUGA